ACCUUCUAUCGUAGUGUUCUCGCUACGACAAUAAAAUACGGUACAAUUUUAAAAUAUAGAAUUGUCUUCGGUAAAGGUACUCGUAGUUGCAGCAGUCGUAAGGUACCUCUUCGGUCAAGAAGCAUUACUCGUAGUCUUUCCUUUACGAUCCAUGUGCAUUGCAACGGAUCUUUAUUUGCUGCGAGAAUACAGCCGAAUCACACUUGUACCACAAAGACCGCAACAAACMAAGCAAGAACCGACAGAUACGAUACCAUGACUGAUCAAACGAAACACGACCGAAAAUGGAUUCGAGGGGUGAAUAUUGGUGGAUGGCUCAUGGCUGAACGAUUCAUCACUCCCUAUCUUUUCGCCGUCAAUUCGUGCCAUAUGCAGGGAUCUUUGUGUUAUUAUCCAGGCCAGGUCGGUUUCGAUAGGGAGAGCAUUACMAAAGAAUUGUGCGACACAGAGGCAGUGUGCCARCCGAUGUUGGUGGUCAAGGCGAAGGACCCCACAGACUACCAUCUAAUCCACGGAUUCAAGGGCGACGGGUCGCCCACGCGCAUCCGGUCUGGCAUUACCGAAAAUGGAAUGGACUAUCCCGUGGAUGAAUUCACGCUUGGGCAGGUGUUGCGAUCGUCCUCCGGGGGCAUGGAAACCGCCACGAAGUACAUGGAACGCCACUGGAACGACUUUCUCACCUACGACGACCUGAAAACCCUGAAAGCCAACGGCGUUACCCACCUGCGGAUUCCAAUGGGAUACUGGAUACGAGGCAUUCCCGGACUGAGUAUAGUGGAGGGAGAGCCUUAUAUCCCCGGUGGGUGGAAGUACUUUGUACGGGCGGCAAAAUGGUGCCGGGAGCUCGGACUCAUAGUCUGGGCCGAUCUCCACGGGGCCCCCGGUUCCGAAAACGGCUUCGACAACAGCGGUCACUACCUGGGUGGUUCUACUUGUGACGGCUGGUCUAAAAACCCCGCUAAUGUUCAGAGAACCCUGGAUAUUUUAACGGAUAUAGCGCAUGGAGUGUUGGAAGCAGGUCUGGAAGACGUUGUUACGGGCUUUGGGAUCCUUAACGAACCCUUUGCCGAUUGCGACUUGGAGGUAUUGCGAAAGUACUAUGACAAUUCCCUGACAGUUUUGCGUGCUAUCCUGGGACAAUCAACAUCUGUAUUUGUCGGCGACACCUUUCGGGCGUACCGUUUCAAUGACGGGGAAUUCUGGACCGACCCCUCCAUUUACCACGACACUUAUCUGGAUAGCCACCCGUACCACGUAUUUUUCGAGGAGGGACGCUCCUUCACGCCCCGACAGCACAUAGCCUAUGUGUGUCGCCAUGACACCAGGAGCGURUCCGAUUGCUGCUUUCAGGAUGGUGACGCGAAGCAAAUACCUAGCGCCGGUAUUUCUCGCCUGACCGGAGAGUGGUCCGCYGCAUUUGAUGCCCUUCCGACAGCCUUGGUGCCGGACCUCAUGGAGGGGAUCUCGAAGACGGGACAGUUGCCUCAGAGGAAYMGAACGCUGUCUUCGGGACGAGUGGGCUUCUUGAGAAACUUUUGUGAAGCACAGAUGAUAGCCUACGAGGCGGCCGAUUCGGGCGGGGUCAGUGCGGGAUGGUUGUUUUGGAACUUCAAAAUGGAGUGAGUGGACAAAUUCUAUCUAAAACUUUGUUCAUCGAGUGUGAACAAGAACUUUAGCAAACGGUCAAUAAUAAAGUACUCGAUUGCUCUACGCUUUCGGAUUCAGCUCGUGUCCUAACCCUUUUUCCCCCGUCUUUCCUUUUCCGCAGAGGUGGGGCCUUUGCCGAAUGGGACUUCCUAAGGGGGCUCUCCGAGGGAUGGAUGCCUUCCAUUCCCGAGCCGACAGUGUCUUCCGAGAGCCUUUAUGGGAGAUGCGAAGACAUUUACAACAGAACUGAUGACAGCUACUCUAUCGUAAAUGAAUAUCCAGAUCCUCGAACGCUGGAUUGGAAUCAGUGGCAAGGAUGGAGCGCGAACGACGAUUUUGUCAUGAGUGAUCCCAACAUUCCCGUCGACCAUAUUAGACAUUCACCUCGGCAAUGGUGGGAUCCAAGGCGUAUUGCCGAUGCUCGGUGGUUCUUCCCGGCCUCCUGCGGGUUUGCGGUGGCAAUGGCCUUUUUGUUGCACCGAAAACUGCGGAGUUGUUUGCGCAAGGGCGAACGUCUUGGAUAUACCGAAUUGAAAGUGUAAACGACGAAUACCACUCAUUCAUCAAUGGCACCACAUAACAAAACCUUGCAUUGUCUUACCAGAUAUAGAAACUWCUCGGGUGGAAAGCAAUUAACCCCAAUACCGACUUGGUCAAGUCAUGGUAAAAGAACGUGAGCUCAAAAGCCAUCACAGCGUACAGAACACCGAAAUGCCCAGUUGUAAUUUGCUUCWCUCGAUAUCAUCACCACCACAAGAACUGSCACCGUUAGGUUUCAGUUUUUCUAACCCGAACUUUUCGGAGGCACAUUAYUUGU